AUGACGUUUGGUACGCGAUUAAAUCUGAGUAAACCACGUGAGGAUGAAGAGAGUUUAUCAUCUUUAUCUUCUAACGACGACCAGGAGCAAGAGAAGAUGAUCAAGACGAUGGAAGAGGGUGAAGGAUCAAGCUCUGAAGAAGAUUCCGAUGAAGAGUUUGAGAUUCCACCGGGUUUUGAAAGCGUGAAAGGCAGUGGAGCUGUGACACGUGAAGCAGUGAUACAAAAUGACCAAGAGCUGUGGUUCUUCAAGUUGCCCAAGGAUCUGGAUGCAUCAGCACUGGCUAAUGUGACGAUUAAAAUCAAUGAGAUGCAUGCUAGAGUAACACGUGGAGAGCAAUUAGCAACGAUUACAGCUGGAAAUGAUAACAAGAAGUACCUGCUGCAGAGUGAAGAUCAGAUGCUUACGGAUCAACUUGUGAACGCAUUGCCACUUGCAUCAAACCGUGCGCGCUUUUUGCUUGGCAAACCAUUUUCACGGUGUUUUUCUCUUGUGGAAGACUAUGUUGAUGCCUCUCCUGUAGUAGGAAAGAAGAUGAAGAGAAGCGAGGAAGCCACUGCGUCACCCGUUGUAGAGAAGCGUAAGAAAACGUCGGACAGUGAGAAACAUAUGUCCAAGAAGGCUAAACACAAGAAGUAA